GGGCUGCAACUUGCAACUUGCAACUUGUCCUCGCAAAUCACAGGGAGUUUUGGUUCCUAUUUCCUAGUAGUAGGAAGGAUGCCGAUGAAGUCGGUGGAUGCGACCGUUUCAAGCUUUGACAGCGUCUUUGAGAGAUUCAGAUCAGAUGCGCCCAACAACAAAGCCAAUCUCAUCCUCUUCUUGGCCGAUAAAGACCCUAGUACCUCUCUCAGUUGGUGUCCUGACUGUGUGAGAGCUGAGCCUUUUAUAUACAAGAAGCUGGAAGCAUCAGCAGAUGAUGUGGCAGUGCUGAGAGCUUAUGUGGGUGACCGACCAACGUGGAGGAAUCCGCAACACCCUUGGCGACUAGACUCGAGAUUCAAGCUCACCGGAGUCCCAACUUUGGUUCGCUGGGAUUGGGAGAAUGAUGCCAUCAAAGCUCGUCUUGAGGACCAUGAAGCCCACCUUGGACACAAAAUCGAUGCGCUUCUCUCCGCCUAAUGAAUCGGAAGCCACCUUUGAUGUUUGGGUUAGCUUCAGAAUAAAUAUUAUUUUAUCAUCCCAUCACCUUCUUUUUUUUACUUUCCUGCCUACCUGAUGAAAUAUUGUGUUUUGCUAUUAUUAUCUUUUCUAUCAUACAAUUCGAAUGCAUAUUUUACUAAA